AUGUCUCCAAGUGCUGCCAAUGAUUCUACUGGAAGUGGGGUUGACCCGGUAGUAAACGGCGUUAGUGAGAUCGAAAAUGUGAUAAUCGUGGGAGCUGGCCCUGCUGCGCGAUACGGCAUACAACCAUUAAUAAUCGAUGAUAGACAUGACAAGACCACGACUGGCAGAGCAGAUGGUCUCCAGCCAAAGACAAUCGAGACGUUCAAGCAAUUGGGAAUAGCCGAGUCACUGUUGAAGAAAGGGGUUAAAAUUUAUGAUAUUUGUUUUUGGAACUCAGACGCACAAACACCACUUCAUCGUACUCGUCGAGAAAUUCAUUAUCCGCCUGAAGUCGAUUUGAAAGAUCCCUUCGUUUUGUUAGUACACCAGGGUAUGAUUGAAGAUGUAUUCCUCGAAGAUCUUCGCGAAAGAAGUGUUGACGUCUCGAGGGGUACUCCAUUCGUUCGGUACUCAUUUAAUGACGACUUGAAGCUGCCACUCAACGUAGUCUGUCAAGAUACCAAAUUUGGUGUGGAGAAAACGUUGCGUUCAAAAUAUCUAGUUGGUUGUGACGGGGCGAGAUCCAUGGUCAGAGCGAGUAUUCCUGGUGCUGAAAUGAUAGGAGAUAGUACGAGAGCUCCUUGGGGUGUGCUUGAUGGUGUCAUUGAAACAGAUUUCCCGGAUCUGUGGAGUAAAGUUGUUAUCCACUCUGAAGAGAAAGGAACGAUUCUUUGUAUUCCCAGAGAGCGAAAUAUGACUCGCUUAUACAUCGAAUUGAAUCCACGAAUGCAUGACGUUCUGUCGUCAGAAGCUUCAAGCCAAGAGUUUGUUAUGCAACGAGCUAAAGAGAUUAUCGCUCCGUUCAAGUUAUCGUGGAAGAGUGUUGAAUGGUUUACUGUGUACAAGGUUGGCCAAAGGGUCUCAAAUCGAUUCAGAGAUGAAAGUGGAAGGAUAUUUAUUGCAGGAGAUGCAGCUCACACACAUUCCCCAAAAGCAGCACAAGGCAUGAACGUAAGCAUGCACGACUCAUUCAACCUCGCAUGGAAAUUAAAUCUCACAAUUCGUGAUCUCGCCCUCCCCUCAUUACUAGAAACCUACACCUACGAACGAAGGAAAAUCGCAGAGGACCUUAUCAACUUCGACUUCGAACAUGCCAACGCCUUCGCAGAAGGCGAUUCAAACGCUCUAGCUGCCAACUUCGCCGCUAACGUUGCUUUUAUCUCAGGCAUUGGAGCAAAAUACGCGCCCAAUGUCCUCAACAGCGGGAUUUCAAAUGAGACCGGAUGUCUUCAACCGGGAUCGCUGUUAUUGCCAACGAGAGUUACGCGAUAUAUCGACGCCAAUCCUGUGGAUCUCCAACUUGACAUUCCACUGCUUGGCCAGUUCCGGAUUUUCUUCUUCACUUCGAAUCCGCACUUCUCCAAGGACUUUCUUUCUACCAUAUCCUCGCAUCUGACUUCAACGAAUUCUGUUCUGGGCCGAUCAUCAGUUGCGGCUGCCAAGUCGUAUGACCUGCUCAACACCCAUUUCUCCAAAUCCGAUGAAUUCGCACAGCCACAGCGAUACACAGCUGUGAGCAAGAUAUUCACACCCGUUCUUGUGACAGAGAUGAGGAAGGAAGAGAUCGAAAUCGCGGAUUUGCCGCUAAUGUUCAGACGAAGUUGUUGGACCUUUUACAUGGACGAUCGUCCGGGAGUGAAGCAGAGCUGCACUGAGAAGUGGGUAGGGGGUGUUAAUGAAAAUGAAGUUGUGAUGGUGAAUGUUAGACCAGAUGGAUAUGUUGGGUUUAUUAAUAGGUGGGAUAAUAGUCAGGGUGAUCGAGCGUGCGAGGCGCUAGAUGUGUAUUAUGGAGGGUUCUUGAGGGGAUGA